UUCACAUGGGUGAAGCAACCCAGUCUGAAGAACAUUUUUUUUGUGUGUGGGGGAAACCGGCUGUAGCGGACAUGUAGCUAGUGCAUUACGACCGCUCUGUGUUUGAAUCAAUCAUAAAUACUUUUUUCUUACUUGAGUGUAUUUUAUCCAGUAAAUUGACGUAAAAGGACGGGGUUGCUAAGUUGCUCGCGUUCUAUCACUGUAGCUAGUUCGUGUGCGAUGAUUUUUUCGGUUUAGCCAUCUUCCUCGCUGCUGACAGUGGUCUGAAGGCUGCUGUUCUGUUGCGGUGGUGAGCUACCCGAAGAAGCGGCCCUGACCAUAACGUUAGCUAGCUGGCUUUAUCCAAGUGUCUGUUUUUGUCGACCUCCGAGUAUCUGUUAGUCGACCACCUCGGCCGUUGCAUUGGAUUGUCUGCGCAUUGCUGGCUGGCCAGCUAGCUACCUACCUAACGUCAGCUGGCUAAACAGAGCGGAAAGUCAUCUGUCAUACAGAUAUGACAGCCAACUAGCUAGCUAGCCAGCUAACUUCGCUCUUUAUCCAUGGAAUACAAAUGGGUUUCUUUUUGGAGUAUGGACCUACGAUUGAUAGCGUGCCUUUGAGUCUACGGUAACCCACAAUAGUUGUAAUAAGAAAAGCAUCCAAUGCAAAAGUAUUGAAAGCAAACCUCCAUUAUGGAUUUCAGCAAAUCGUUGACCUUGUGGAUUGCAUGCUUAUGCCUCCUGAGGGAAAGCUGGACGGUACAAGCCAGCUCAGACCACCAUCAUAUUGAUAAUGGUGUGUCAGAACUCUGUCGCAUCGAUGAGCCUCGGUGCCACGAUGAAAAUACCAUCCUCAGCUUCGAGGCCAUCCGCAGUAUCCACAAGCAGAUGGAUGACGAUGCUAAUGGCAAUGUGGAUGUGUCAGAGACGGACGGGUUCCUGAGGGAGGACCUGAACUACCACGAUCCCAAAGCCAAGCACAACAGUUUCCACGGAGAUGACCAGUUCAUCAGUGUGGAAGACUUGUGGAAUACCUGGAAGGGUUCUAAAGUGUACAAUUGGACAGUGGACGAUGUGGUGUUGUGGCUCACCCACGUGGAGCUGCCGCAGUAUGUGGAUGCCUUCCGCAAGAUGCACUUCAACGGCACUGUCAUGCCCAGGCUGGCUGUGAAGAACGCCACCCUGACAGUGUCCAUUCUGAAGAUGCUGGAUCGCAGCCAUGUUCAGAAGCUGCAGCUCAAGGCCUUGGACACUGUGCUGUUUGGAGCCCCACUCAUGAACACUCAUAACCACCUGAAGGACUUCAUGCUGGUGGUGUCCAUAGUGAUCGGCAUUGGAGGCUGCUGGUUCGCCUACAUCCAGAACCGUUACUCCAAGGACCACAUGAAGAAGAUGAUGACGGACCUGGAUGGUCUACAGAGGGCUGAGCAGAGCCUGCAUGAUCUGCAGAAGAAGCUGCAGAUAGCCCAGGAGGAGCACCGUACAGUAGAGGUGGAGAAGGUGAACCUGGAACAGAAGCUGAGGGAUGAGAUCAACUGUGCCAAGCAGGAGGCCCAGCGGCUGAAGGAGCUCCGCGAGGGCACAGAGAACGAGCUGAGUCGGCAGAAAUACGCCGAGGAGGAGCUGGACCAGGUGCGCAUGGCCCUGAAGAAAGCAGAGAAGGAGCUGGAGUCUCGCUGCAGCUGGUCCCCACCAGAGUCCCUCCAGAAGUGGCUCCAGCUCACCCAUGAGGUGGAGGUGCAGUACUACAACAUCAAGAAGCAGAACGCUGAGAAACAGCUACUGGUGGCGAAAGAAGGGGCAGAGAAGAUUAAGAAGAAGAGGAACACCAUAUUUGGGACCUUCCAUGUGGCACACAGCUCCUGUCUGGAUAAUGUGGAUCACCAAAUUCUGACAGCCAAACAAGCCCUGGGUGAGGUGACUGCUGCUCUGAGGGAGAGGCUGCACCGCUGGCAGCAGAUUGAGAUUCUGACGGGGUUCACCAUCGUCAACAACCCUGGGCUUACCUCCCUGGCCUCCACCCUGAACCUUGACCCCAGCAUCAUGGGUGGCCGAGCCACGCCCCAGCACUUCAUUAUGUCUGAUGACAUGGACGACAUGGACGAGGACAUCAUAUCGCCCGGAACUCUGCAAUCUCCCAGUAUGAUGUCCCUGCGUCAGCGCCACAUGGACUCCCAGCUGGCCAUGGGCUCUCAGAGGGAUCUGAACCGCUCAGACUCAGACUCCUCCCUGUCUCUCUCCCAAAUCGGUGAUCGUCUGUCUGCCUACAGCUCCAAGGGCCACCUGGUGAAACCCACCCCCUUACUGUAUGGUCCCCCUGUCCGCUCCGCCUCCGACGAGCUCUCCCUGCAUGCCCACACACCUAACGGAGGGAACCGUGUCCACGAGGGAGGAGCCCAGACCGAGCCAGUCCCAGAGAGCCCCAUCCUGAUGAAGAAGGUGUACAGCAUCGAGAAAUCAGCCAGCCUGGGAGAGAUGGACGUUGGCCUCAUCGGUAUGUCCAUGUCAGAGUCCUCCUGCUCCCUCAGCCUCAACUCCACCGAUGCCGACACCCCCUCCCCCACGGGUGGCCAGCCUGGGGCUGCAGGGGCCAAGGGAAGCAGCCGUAUCCCUCAACUCUCCUCCAAGAAGAGCCCUCUGGAGGAAGACAGCGGCUCCACGGGAGAAGACACAGACUCCGUCGCCAGUCGUAAGAAACACACCUUCAAGAUCUUCAAAAAACAGAAGAAAUAAUGACAAGGGCUACUGAAGACUUUUAAAGAGCGAUUAAAGGUGUUUCACUUAUUAUUAUUUCUGUUUUGGAAAACUUGUUUUGGGUUGUUCACUGGUCACAAGCAAUGGCGCAAAUCUUUGCCUUUAGGGUUUUCUAGGUACUUUCUCUGAGGGACUGUGGGAGCAAGCAGCUAUUCGAUGAUGUUUGCAAUGGGUGGUGUUGUAUAGUGGAAUGUAAGCACUAUUUAUUUAGCAGGAAAGUGUGCCAGUCGCUCAGAGGGAAACAAGUCUCCUGGAUGGAUGUCUUCUGUUUUACUUCAACCUGUAUCAGUUUGCAUGUCUUCACCUUUGUUUGACUGAUAUUUUCUGGAUUCUCUUAGGUGUGUGCUUGGUUCUUGUCCUUAUUCUGCUUAGACAACACUUAAAAACUCAGCUGUUUCUUGUCGUUAAUCCCCGACCACCUCCUUGUUAUGUGUCAGUGUCAGAUGGACAUUGAGCACUUAAUGCCAGUCAGUGUUGGUCAAUGGUGAGGGGGGGGGUGGGCUGAAAAGGGCUGAACAAUACUUGCAAAAACUUCUCGAGUCAAUUGUGCUAACAAGAAAUCUAGUAGUCAAUGUUAUCACAACUCUUCCAGUACAGCUGCAGACACAGCAAGACACACAAAAGGCAAACAUUUCCCUGGGAUAGAGCACCUUUAGAAGUGGAAGUGCUAACUUGUUUUAAUCCCCUUGAAGACAAAGCUAGGUAGCCUGUGUAACUGCCUUGUCUAUUUGUCCCAAUCAUAGCCCUGAUCUAAGUUCCCUAAUAGAGGUUAUUAAAAUGACUAUUUGAACUAUAUGAAUUUCGUAUCAAUGUAUGUUUAUUGAAGUAAACCUCUACAUUUGCAAAUUGCCUACCAUAUCAAUCUAUGUUGUAAUUGUAGGAGAUAUCACAUGAAUCAUUAGGAGUGCUGUAGGAGACGCUAUUCUUUUUAAGUGCCAAAACAAAGACUCGGGUCCAGUGGCCUUUAUUCUUGUCAACAACUAUAUAUGUACUGUCUGUUGUAAGUUAGAGGCAGCUUUAGAAUGAGUAGCACUGCCUUCUGUUUUUAUCUGGGGACUAAAAUCAGGUGAUCAAUUUGACAUGGUCACCCACAACAUUUCAAGCAGGGAGUUGCAGGCAGCAUUUGUAAUUCGAAGACUCCCAAGUUGUGUGUUGAGCAUUUUUUAGGUGUUUGCUACUUUAGCUUGGACUGUAGACGACCCAGAUCACCUAGAUCCACAUUAUACAGCUCCAGAGUCAAGCACACAGUAAUGGCAUCUAUAGGUCACCAUUAUAAACUCACUUGCCAUUAUUGGUUUUGUGAAAGCACAAAUGGUUUAGAAACGGAUGUCACAAUGCAUUCUGGUAGUAGGGACUCUCCUAAUAACUUCCUAAACAAUUGACCUGCUCGACUACUCCUGAAUCUGAUAACCAAAGCAGUGCUGCUAACGACACCAUUGCCCCCCCAAUGGAGGCCUCACACAGUGAGAUUGAUGGUAUGGAUGAAAAAGAAAUGUCAUAUUCUUUCAUUGAUCAGUUGAAAACAUGAACUUCCUAUUGGUACUUUUUAAAGUGUAGUUUGUACCUCUUCUGCACGAUGAAGCUGUAAUAUGGAUUAUGAUGUCUGUCUGUUGCCAGGAUACUGCACUGAGUUGUUUUGAUGCAUGUCAGCUACUGUAUUAACGUCUAUAAUGGGCUUGAGGCAGAGUUCAGCUCGAGCAUCAUCUGUUCACCCCUACUUAAACCCCAACUUCUCAUUUUGAGCUUCUAUUUAUGAAUACAUAUAUUUGUACAGAGAAAAACAAAUAUUUUGCAUCUUCUGUGGCGUUCUCUCGACUUUUAUGGCACUCCUGCAUGAUAGCAAUAAACUAUUUUGAAUGAAA